AUGCUGGGUCUUGAAGUUGACAAUAAUUCUACACUGUUACAAGAAUUUGACUUGAAAAAUGUUAAAAGUAGCACUCAUAAAGAUGAAGAUGAUAAAAUGGAAUCAUAUUGUGAAGAAAAAGAUGAUUUAAUUGACACAGAUAAAAGAGAUAUUAGCAAACAACAACCUUCUGUAAUAUCUUGUGUAAUCAUUGAUAACAUUCAAGAUACAAUUAAACGUUGCAAUUAA